UGAGCAGAGAGCAAGAAGAAGUUUGCUUCUUAAGAAAUUGCGUUACAACUUGAGUAAGGUGCGCCUUGAUCAAUCGCAUCUCUUGCGACAAGCGCUGGCGCGGUUACAGCGGGCGGACGGCCGGCGCCACUGGAGAGCGGGGCGCCAUACAAGACCACCGGCGGAUUGUUAGGAGGGCUGGACGGCGGCAGGCACUGAGGCCAGGGAUCAUCUGACGGCACUUCUGACUCCUCUCGUUCAUAGACAGGGGCACUGCCUAACAUUUUAAUCAGAUCCAAGCGCGCAUUACUCAAAUAUUCUCUAAGCCCUUCACGUUUAAAAUCAUCGCAUUCCGUAUUUGUGUUACAGAGCUCCAAAGCAGUGACCGAAUUAUAAACCUCCUCAUAGUAGGUGCUCAGUUCGCCGAGUCAGGGGGCGUCCCGGGACUUCUUCGCAAAAUCCCACAGUCCCCACUGGAUCAGCUCCGCGAGUGAACGGCACCUUAAACGGGCAACUUCAGUUAUCGUCAGCCUUCUUCAUUUUGCCGAAAAUCAUCAGCAUCUCACUAUAAAAUCGCCCCGUGUUGUCAGUCUUUGGAAAUAAGACUUUCUUAAAAUUAUAUAGAUUGCUUAUUAUCAAAAAUAAAUAAUCUGAUAACUGAAAUACAAUAGGCCGCCGCAUACCGAUUGUAAUUUAUAGUGCCUUUCUGUUUUUCUAAAUUAACAUGAAAAACAUUUUAUUCCUGAUAAUAAACAUUGACAUGAGUCGAGUGACACUGAGCUUGCCAUCUAACUAAGAUUGUAUUAUUAGUUGGACUGCCAUAUUUUAACAACCUCAGCACUCCGACUACCAAACGGCAGCAGGACCGCUGAAUCACAACGAGGAUGUCUCAGAGCAGCGGCAGCUACUACGACUGCGAUCGCAGGGCAUCCAGUAACUAUUCCGCCAUAAUUCGGGGUCCCGCCGGGGUGAUACCCCCCGAUGUCAACUCAUUGUGCGAAACCGAGAGUUCGGUGGAUUUGAGCGCCUAUUUAGAAACCACAUCAGCACCCCAAAAUGGCCAGCACUCGGCUAGCGCAGGGGAGGACUUACUGACCUACCCCUGUCUUAAAAACGGUUUCCCCUACACCAGCCAAAGUCCACUCCUGGGGUACGGAUACUCGAGCGUCUCGGCCAGCCAGCAGGCCAAGAUGUCCCUGUACGAGAGCGCGACGAGCAGUUAUGAAGGACACCCUCCCACCCUUCUGACAAGGGCAGGGGUGAUCGUUAAAGAGGAGCCUCAGAGAAGAGACGAUGGCGGCAGAUCCCCUCACUCCACGGCCCACAUCGCCUCAAGAGUGCCAAUUGGCAGGUACCUACAGCAACAGGACCUCCAGAACCUGCAGUUUCAGGUGGGCCAUUGCUCUCAGACAGCUGUAAGCCUGGGGGCAGCGCUGGGCCAGGCUGGGGUCAACACGAUGCCGACGCCUGCAAGCGCACAGAUCCGACUAGUCAAGGCCUCAUCUGUGAGGGACACGUCCUCAGCUCCUUCCUCUUCCUCCCUGUAUCCUUACUCCCACCCGUCUCUGCCUCUUGUACAUGGCUCUGCAUUGAAGAGCAAGAAGGUGCUGAAGAAGGACAGCCUGGAAUACCGGCUACGACGAGAGCGCAACAACAUCGCAGUGAGGAAGAGUCGGGAUAAGGCCAAGCGGCGCAACCUCGAGACUCAGCAGAGAGCCUUGGAGUUCAUGGCGGAGAACCAGCAGCUCCGAGAGCGGGUGGAGCGCCUGAGCCAGGAGCUCGAAACUUUACGCAACGUCUUCAGAGAACUCCCACCUGAAGUGAAGCACGGCACCCCAGCUGCCUCAGACGACUGUCCUUAAAGGCUUGGUGAUGGCGAACUAAACUGAUGAACAGAACAAACAGAGAAGUCCAGCAAACUGACCAGCUGAGUGAUGUGUUUCAUGUAAAUAGCCGUUAGAUGACGCAAUGCAAGUCUGCCUUGACAUCAAAACUGGGCCAUAAGAAGUUGGUCUUGUCGAAUGAAUGU